AUGCGGGAUCGUAUCAAACCUGGUUGCUCUGUUUCAAACAUCUAUUUUGCAGAGCCCAACUUCCCGCCGCUACCCGGUUUCAUUCCGCUCAAGCCAUGCUUCUACCAGGACUUUGAUGAGAUCCCCGAGCAACACCGCAGCUUGUGCAAAAAGAUGUACCACCUGUGGAUGCUAAACGGCGCCACGCUGGCAGUUAAUCUCGUGGGCUGCUUUGCAUGGAUGUUCGGAGGAGGGGGCGUGACUAACUUUGGCCUGUCAAUCAUUUGGCUGCUCAUGUUCACGCCCUGCUCGUACGUCUGCUGGUUCCGGCCCAUUUACAAAGCUUUUAGGAGUGACAGCUCGUUCAACUACAUGCUCUUCUUCUUCGUCUUCAUGGCUCAAGUGGGCAUCAGCAUUAUUCAAAGCAUUGGCAUCCCGGGAUGGGGAGUGUGCGGCUGGUUGGCCACUAUCUCCUUUUUCAGUUACAAUAUUUUGAUAGCUCUGAUUAUGUUGGUGCCUACCAUCAUGUUCACCGCUGUCGCCUCGCUGUCCUUCAUCGCCCUCACUAAGAUCCACAACUUCUACCGUGGGAGUGGUGGCAGCAUGACCAAAGCGCAGGAGGAGUGGACCACAGGUGCCUGGAAGAACCCUCACGUCCAGCAGGCCGCCCAGCAGGCCGCCAUGGGGGCAGCCAGCGGCGCCAUGCAGGAUCAGUACUCGGCUCCGCAGUACAACGACAACCAGAUGUAACACGCAAAUGUUGCAGCGGCGACGCUAUCGUUGGGGCCAAAGUUUGAACAGUAGCCUCAUCCGUCAUCUGGUCUGAAUCUGAAAUGAAUAAUUCAGUGUGUUUUCAUGCUGUUUCUUGUUCAUAUUUUAUAACUUUUCACGUGACAUAGAGUGAACCCUAGCACAAUCACAAAUUCAUUGUUUAUCAUUGAAAAACAAACUUAUUAGCGUCUUUGUGCUCCGGCCAAAGUAUC